ACAUACACAAUAUCAAUGGCAUCAAGAUAUACAUUGGCUAUAAUUAAGCCAGAUGUACUUGUUAAGCAACCACAUAAUAUAGGCACGAUCUUGAAGCGCAUUGAAUCAAAGUACAACAUUGUUCAAAGAAAGCAACUUGAACUAUCAUUGUCGGAUGCUGAGAGAUUCUAUAAUGAUCACAGAGGCAAGUUCUUCUUUGAACGUUUGGUUGGUUUCAUGACUAGUGGACCAAUAAUACCAUUGGUAUUGUCUGAGAAGAAUACUGAGGUUGAUUCAAUCAAGAGUUGGAGAGAAUUCAUUGGUCCUACACAUGCUGAGAAUGCUCGUAAGGUACAAUGUCUAAGAGGUGAGUUUGGUACAUCAGACACAUGGAAUGGAUUCCAUGGAUCAGGUUCCCCAGAUGAAGCCAUCAAAGAGAUAUCAUUCUUCUUUCCAGAGUUCAAG